AUUUUGCGCCUACACGCACACACAUCGAUCGGGCCGUGAGCGCGACUACCAGAUUGUAUCGGAAUGCUGGUGGUGAUUGCUUGCCGCCUGCAUGCCGACUUAGCACAUUGCCAGUUUCACCGAGUCAUACACAGUGCGAGCACGAGGCUUCGGGAGUGAACGGACGAAUCUUAAAUCAGCAUCGAUUGAUCGGUCAAUCGCGUGUUUCUUUAACACAAUUAAUUGUCAUUUGACAGUGCCAUAGUUAGAUAGUGUGUGGUGUGUGGAAUUUCAUAUCAUGCGUAAAUGAUCGACGCAUGGUGAUAGUUUAUCCGUACAACGCUUCCAUUAGUUUUGUGUUUCUAGCCAAAAACCGGUGUUGAUUCUCGUCAUAAUGUUGUGGAAUUAGCAUAAAUUCAGUGAAAGAAAAGCGUACUAGUGCUUACUGUCACUGUACUCUUGAGCUGAUGAUAAUCUAUAAAAAAAAAGUGUAUUCAGUGUAUCGCUGCGUUUUAAGGUAACUGAUAGCAGCGCAACGGAACGUAAUUAACCACUUUUGUGAUUAAUUGUACGUACAUACUCCUUACACAUAUUUUAUCUCGAAGUUAUUUUGUGACGUUUCACUAAACUACACCAGUUACAACAAAGAAAACCCAACAAUGCAUUAUAAAGUGCAGAAUAUGCUUCAAAAUUUGCUAAAAGCACCUGUCCCCAUCCGUAUGAAUUAUAAAUUUGUGUAAUUCGGCAUGUUUUGGACGCACCAUCUAGGGAGUGUUUGAGACGAAAGUGCCGCUAGAUCGCUUGUUUAACAAACGUUUCAAAACUAGUGCGUGUAAUUGUUCAUUCUACAUGGGGUCCAUAUUAUCACAGUGGAAAAGAAAGAAGAAAAACAUCCCCAAGUGAUAGCGUGUCGUUUGAGCUCAAUUAGAAAGAUCGAGAAAAAAAGUGAACCAAAUCUGUUCUUGAUACAAGCUGCCAGUACUGCAUGAAUAGCGAUACAACCAAUUCACAAUGCCAGAGAAAGAAACUUUCCACGAGCAUAUGCAAGUGCACCCAUUCCACCAUCCAGGUCAUUCUCUGGCAGCUCAUCAUGCGCACCAUCACCCACAGGCAGGAUUGGCAGCGCACGGGUUAAGCGCAGCAGCUGCCGCAGCAGCAGCAGCAGCCGCAGCAGCGGCAGCGGUAACCAGCAACGGUGCAGGACCCGCCGGAAGUGGUGCGUACGGACCGCUGCAAAUCCCGUCGGCAUUUGUAGCAUUCCACACUCAACUGCCUGCAGCAGCUGGGCUCGAUCAGCGAGCUGCUCAUGAUGGUCGCUACCUAUGGGAUCCUACAGCACCUCCUUCUACCCCAUCGUUUCAUCACGCCCACCAUACCGCACCUCAUGGCUUGGCAAGUAAUGCAAAUUUUGCAGAACUACAGUUUUUAAGCGCACGUCGUGCGGCCGUCGCUGCGGCCGUGGCUAGCGUCGAAGUUGCACAAGGUAGCGGAACAGUAUUAUCUCCACAUCCGCCUGCCCCAGCAACUGUAGUUCCGUUAACCAUUUCGCCUCCGGCUACUUCUGGUGCUUCAUUAAAAGGAAAUGGUGAGAGAUCUUGCAGUGCCGGUACAAUUCCAAUCGGCAACGGAAAUUCACCGACAGCAGCAGGUACAGGCACAUCCAGUCCAGGACUACCUACGCCAAACGGCACCACUGGAACGACCGUGGGUCCUUCUGCUGGACAGACCAACAUCCACUCCGUACCAGUACCACAUCCAAGCGAUUUUCAUCCUGCCUAUAGAAUACCUGGCUACAUGGAACACCUGUACUCGUUGCAACACGCUUCGGCGUCUCUACACGGUCUUGGAUUGACAUCGGAGUACAUCAAUGCUAGGAACGCAAUCGCCGAUCUACAUCCAGCCAACUCCCUAGCCAGUGCGGAUUUUCAUUUCAGCAUCGAUGCAGCUAGUCGACUCAACAGUCCUCGCCCGGGCAGCAUACGAGCUAGUGUUAGCCGGAAGCGAGCCCUUUCGUCAUCGCCAUACUCGGAUUCAUUCGACAUUAGUUCUAUGAUACGAUACUCUCCAAACUCUUUAGCAUCUCUGGUGAACGCCUCUCGAAGCAGUAGUACAAGUGGUUCCUAUGGUCAUCUAUCGGCCAGUGCGCUCAGUCCAGCACUUGGUAUGCACAACGCAAUGCCACCACACCUUCAACAUCUCCUACGGAGUAGUGGAUUUCUUCAUUCACUCCCUGGUCACCAUACGCCAGCAGCUAGUAUGUUUUCAUUAUCUCACCAUCCUCUUCAUGCAGGACAUUCGUUGACCAAACCACAGCAAAUUUCCGACCUGUCAAGUAAAAGACAGGAGCAACCAACAUCUAGCUCACAAGUUACACGUGUCGAAGCUGAUAGUGCUAGUAACGCCCAACAAAAGAAAAUCCGUGUUAAACGUGAAGCUCCACAAGUAUAUUCACAUAAACCAAAUACACAAGAAGAUUGUUCGGACAUAAUUACAUCAAACCAUCUUCCAAGCCCUACAUCGACACAAGGACCAACCAACGGAACUAUUUCGACAACCUCUACUACUAAAAAUGGGGGACUUAAUCUAAGCCCUAUGCAACGCGAUUUGAAUAACGGAAUCCAGGGAGCAGAGUGCAAUGUCGCCAACAUUGGCAGUGCAAUGGACGUUAGUUCUAAUGGCAAUGCAAGUGGCGAUGGUGGACUUUAUGGAGAGGACAAUAGUUGUCGUGAUGGUACUCGAGCGGAUACCACUGACCCAAAAGAUGAACCAGGCGAUUUCAUAGAGACGAAUUGCCAUUGGCGUGAGUGUUCUUUGGAGUUCAAUACACAAGACGAGCUAGUUAAGCAUAUUAACAACGAUCAUAUUCACGCAAACAAAAAAUCAUUCGUAUGUCGCUGGGAAGAUUGUUCGCGUGAUGAAAAACCGUUUAAAGCACAAUACAUGCUUGUCGUACAUAUGCGUCGCCAUACGGGAGAAAAACCACACAAGUGUACGUUUGAAGGGUGCUGCAAAGCGUAUUCAAGACUGGAAAAUCUUAAGACUCACCUUCGCUCACAUACUGGUGAAAAGCCAUACACCUGCGAAUAUCCCGGAUGCAGCAAAGCAUUCAGCAACGCAUCUGAUCGUGCGAAACAUCAAAAUCGAACGCACAGUAAUGAGAAACCAUAUGUGUGCAAAGCCCCUGGAUGCACCAAAAGAUACACGGAUCCCAGUUCGUUGCGUAAACAUGUAAAAACUGUCCAUGGCGCUGAAUUUUAUGCAAACAAAAAGCACAAAGGAAACAAUUACGGUGGUGGUAGCAAUGGUGGCGAUGGUCCAGGGGAGGAUGGUGAAGGAUCUAACCACAUGUUCGACAGUAGUCCGCACAGCGAAGACAAAACAACGAGCAUGAGCAGUCCCAGCAUCAAGUCAGAAUCGGAUGCAAAUUCUCCCAGUCAUCCACCAAUUAACAGUCCGAUGUCACUAUCGGCACUUACUGCCGGACUCGGUGAAGACUAUCACGACGGGAAUAAUAUGCCACUGGGUAGUAUCGUUGGAAUAGAUGAUCCCGUUUGGCCGUAUGUCGAUGAAGAUCUAGAAGUGGCUGAUCUGCCGUAUGUACUCCGUGAAAUGGUUGAUCUUGGAGGCCCUACAGGAACAGCGGCAAUAUCGACUCGUAAUAAUACAAGGAGUCGAUUUAGAACCCGAAUCAACAACAAAGGUACUUUGCUGAGCAGCAGUCCAUUGUCAAACAUUCCGGAAAUUAACAGUCAAAACACGCAAAAUUACGGACUAGGAGACCUGAACAAAAAGAUAACUGAUCUCAAGAUGGAACCAGGUGUGACGCCUCCUCCACAGCCCGGGUCACUUCCUUCAGCAACAGUUGGCAAGAGCGGACAGACCGAUCAAAUGCGUCCACUCUUGCAUCCAACAUCCACAUCUACGACCAUGAUGAUGAUGAAUGCAUAUCUAAAUCCCGCUGCGGCGUUGAACAGGCGGGAUAGCAAUAACAGUACAACGAGUAGCUCAUAUUACAGCAUGCGGUCGGCCGACAUUAGCCGUCGCAGUAGCCAAACAUCCCAGCAAAGCACUAAUUCUACUAUGCGGCCAAGCUACUAUAAUUCCUCUUCAUUAUAUGAUCCUAUCUCACCUGGUAGUUCGCGUCGUUCAAGUUCCAUGUCAACUACUACAACUGGGGGGCAAAGUUUACCUCCUCCACCUUCUUCUCAUCUAAUUUCAACACACCUGCAGCGGUUUGGUGCUAACAGUCAGUUGAUUGGAUCGAUAAGUUCUGGAGGAGGACCAACUAAUAGCAAUGGCAGUGGAGCCCGACAUUCGAUACCGAACAAUUUGACUAAUAAUUGUAUGGGAUUUUAUGGUCAUCAGCAAAACGUUACAGCUCAAACCGAUCGGCGUAUGUCAGAGCCUGUUGCUAGUGGAUCGAACAUAAUGGCUGCGCCAUCAAUGGCUGGUCGAUUAGGGUCUCAGUAUUUAAACCGUCGGAUGGGUUCUGUGAAUAAUGCAACAAUUCGAGGCCCACAAAACUCAAACAUCACUAAUGCAACGAAUUGUACGGUAACGUCUGCAGUACCAUCAACAUCAAAUAACAAGCCUCUGAUGUCUACAGCUACAAGUAAAUUGCAUCCUAAUCAGGAAGUAGUGUUGGACGAAGUAGAGGAAGGAGAAAUGGUAGAAAAUAAGCUUGUUAUACCAGAUGACAUGUUGCAGUAUCUCAACCAAGUUGCCGAUAUGGCUGGAGAAACUGUAUCAUCAAAUAUAAAUAAUCUAACCAACCAAAUUAAUUCGUCAGCUAGCGUGCUUGCUAGUCCUAGUGGAAGCUCUUGGACAAAUCCUCCGCAUGAAAAUGGAAUGCGGAGUAUUAACAACCAUCCAAUAGAACCAUUAGAAUCUGCCUCUAACUUGGCUGCAAACUUUAUGCAACCACGAACUACAACAACGAACAUUCUAAUGAGUCCACAAUCCCAGUACAGUAACGAUGAGUCCAGUGUCAUUAGCAACAUAAUGUCACCACAAACUCCUCAACCCCAAAUGCUGUCGCCGAUGGUGCCUGAUAAUGCAGUAGUACUAUCCACAAAUAAUUUCACGGUACCACCUUCGUCUAAUGUGCCACAGCAACUACAAUCACAGCUGAGCAUAUCACACACUCCACAUACACCACCAGUACAAUGUCAAACCUUGCACAAUGAAAUCCAGAAUUUCGGAAAUGAUAAUAACAACUUCCAUGUGAUUAACGGAGCUAAUUGUUACAUCCCACAACAUCAGCAACAACAUCAGCAACAGCAACAGCAACAGCAACAGCAACAGCAACAGCAACAGCAACAGCAACAGCAACAGCAACAGCAACAGCAACAGCAACAGCAACAGCAACAGCAACAGCAACAGCAACAGCAACAGCAACAGCAACAGCAACAGCAACAGCAACAGCAACAGCAACAGCAACAGCAACAGCAACAGCAACAGCAACAGCAACAGCAACAGCAACAGCAACAGCAACAGCAACAGCAACAGCCACAGCCACAGCCACAGCCACAGCCACAGCCACAGCAACAGCAACAGCAACAGCCACAGCCACAGCCACAGCCACAGCCACAGCCACAGCCACAGCCACAGCAACAGCAACAGCAACAGCAACAGCAACAGCAACAGCAACAGCAACAGCAACAGCAACAGCAACAGCAACAGCAACAGCAACAGCAACAACCUCAGCAGCAACAGCAUCAGCAUAUGCAUCCCCUACAACAGCCCCAGCAACAUCAACAAAAACAAACUUCGCUUGGGCGAAAUCGUCCAAUUGCAUGUUCUAAUUUGAUAGGAUAUUAUCACCGAACAGAUCAAAGUGCACAUCAUUGUUGCUUGGCUAUGAUGAUGCAAGGAUCGCUUCACAUUAAUCAACCAACCAAUGGUGCACCUAACCAACCGAAUAGCAGUGGUCAGAUUCAAUCGCAAUCGCAAAUGAAUCAAUAUAAGAAUCCUUUCAGUCUUAACCUCGCCAGUUUCAAUACGGAUGACAGCUCCGUUCAAAAUACUGUAGUUGGUGAUCCAACUUCGAACAUUGAGAUACAAUGUGGGGACAUCAGUCAGUCCCAGAUGUCGCCCGCGAUCGUAGCGAUGGCACCGUCAAGGAAUAAUCCUUCAUUGACCAUUGAAAAUCAGCAACAAGUCUUAGAUAUAGACACAGCACCUCAAAUACGCCAGCAGCCAAUGGAAAGUAGCCUUCAAACACCUCCAUUGCCAUCUACACCGACUGGUUUUGGACAAUCAACCGCAGGUCCUCAGCCAGCACCAUUACCGAUGUCUCUUACCGCCGAUAACGGAAUAUCGAUCGGACAAACUGAUCAAGGAAGUGCCAUGGGUUCAGAUACAUAUCAAAGAACCCUAGAAUAUGUUCAAAAUUGUCAAAAUUGGAAUGAAUCGGCGGACUUGGUCAGCAGUAGUACUCAUCCUUCGUCAAAUCUUGUCAUCAACGAUAUGAGUACAUCGUUGAGCUCCUAUUUUGAGGAAGAUCGGUAUCUACAAAUGAUUCAAUAGAUAUUAGUUUGUCAUUAACGA